GUACCUGGAUUUUUUAAUGCAUCUAAAUACAUUGAAAUACUAAGAAAAACUGACAAAAUUGCCUUGUUCUUCACUACAGUAGCAUUACUGUAGCACACAGCUCCGUAAACCAGUAGGAUAUUAUGAAAUUAUGAUCACAUUCACCAUCGCCCCAGGGAAAGGCAACUGACGAGAAUGGAAGUCAGAAGGGAAGGUUGGAACUGAGUUCAUACCAGUGCCUACAGACCAUCUUCGCACAGACCACGGAAGAGAAUGGGCCCUUUCUUCCUAUGGAUUGUCAGCUGUGCCUGCCUCUGCUGUGAACUUGCCGGCAGAAAAGGGGUGGUUGAAACUGUUAAGAUGUGUCCCUGCUGUUUAAGCCGCUGUGGUGGCCCCUGUCCUCAACUUACUGCACAAGCGCAGAGCGAAAGACAGCGAAUGCGACCAAGGAACCUUAUAUAACAGAAAUCCGGGAACAGCACAAAAUGCGAUCAAACCAUAGUGUGCAUCUGCCUGGUGCACAAAAAUGAAAAGCCACCCUCCUUUCUGAUUUAGACUGUGCCUUGCUGGGUUUGAGGAGACUGAAGAAUAGAGUGCGGUUAGUCUUGGAAAUAACCGCUUUAUUAUAUACUUUAGCCGCUUCUAGAGCACAAAAAAAGUGGACUCUUAGGUGAGGCUCCGCUCCGCAUGGCCAUGUUAAGGGAGAAAGGUUCAAAUGAUGCUAAUUCUGUUAGGUCUUCAAAAGUCUGCUUUAGCUCUUAAAAGAAAUGGACGGUAGCAAGAGCAGCAGAGCCCAGCCAUCCUAGCAGGCGACUUGAUGCUCCACUUCGCGGACUCUCUAAACUGCCACAAGUUCUGCACAAGUUCUGUGGCAGUGAUUACAAAACACCGCAUAGAGCUUGUGGUAGUUGCUCUUUCUCCUUACUCCAGAUGCCUUCAGGUUCCAACCUGAAGAUCCAACGUCCCAAGCUUGAUCUCCUGCACACCUGGACUACAGCAGCAGGGACACCUGAGCUCACCUCUCCCCACCUCUGCCUUUCCACAUCCCUACCUCUUUAGAGCUUGUCCUGAGAAGCACGCGCUUUCCUGGCCUUCACCUCCAUAGCCUGGACUUCGCUGGACAGCCCAAUGACACCAAGAGAGAUUGCUGGGUGUCAGAAACUCUAACCUCCAGCUAAUCAGAAGGGAAACAUCUGGUGCAUCUCCGCGGCCUUUUCGCAUCCAGCCACGCGUAGUGACAUUUCCAGCACAGGGAACAGCUAAGACACAGGAUUUGCACCACCGUGACCUCUGGAGCCCCAGGCUUCGGCAGCUUCUUGGAUUACUCCCCUGCGCAGGAAGGAGAAAGCCUGCUUUCCUGGCUUUGCGAGGCUAGAGCAAGCGGAGCGGCGCCCCGCUGGGAGAAUGCUGUUGCCUGGGGCUCCGGGAGCGGCCAGCCGCAGCUUCUCCGCGAGGGGUUAACUGCAGCUCCUGCGGCCAGGCGGGCGCGAUCGCUUCCUCUCCUGCUGCCCCGGAACAUGGAUAUUGCGCCUACAAGAUGUUCGCGGGCAGAACCAGGCAUUCAGGAAACAUGAGAAGGCCUCGGUAUUCCGGGUCCCGGGCCGCGAUCGUCCAUUUGGGUAAAUAAAGCCGAGACGACGGCGGUGGCGGCGUUGAGCUCGUCGAAGCCUUCGCCGAGAACAUGCGUCGGGGAUGGGAGUGUGCCUAGCUCUGAGGAGGAUCAGCCAGCCGCUGGCUGAGGGCUCCGCGGCUACAGAACCAGAGCCCUGCUGCGGAGUUCCUGGAGCCCGGCUCCAACGUGCAAGGCCGCGGAUCCCUGCCAGCCCGCACCAUGAACACCAUUGUCUUCAACAAGCUCGGGGGAGCGGUGCUUUUUGAGGACCGAGGUACCCCAGAGCGGGAACCUGGCAGCAGGCCAUACGGUGGCAUCUUGGACAAUCCACACACAGGCCCGGAGGUGGGCAUUCCAAAUGGCCCGCCCCUCAAGGACAACCUCGGCCUGAGACACCGGAGGACUGGGUAUGCUCAUCGGCCUGUGCGGACCCGGGAGUCCGGAGGGGUCCGACAGAAUGGAGGAAAGGUGAGGCACAAGAGACAGGCCCUUCAAGAUAUGGCGCGGCCUCUUAAGCAGUGGCUUUAUAAGCACCGUGACAACCCUUACCCCACGAAGACCGAGAAGAUAUUGUUGGCCCUCGGUUCGCAGAUGACACUAGUGCAGGUGUCCAAUUGGUUUGCUAAUGCUAGACGUCGGCUGAAGAACACUGUUCGUCAGCCAGAUUUGAGCUGGGCCUUAAGAAUAAAGCUAUACAACAAGUACGUGCAAGGCAACGCUGAGCGGCUCAGCGUGAGUAGCGACGACUCCUGCUCUGAAGAUGGAGAAAAUCCCCCAAGAAAUCACACGAACGAAGUUGGCUACAGCACCCCUGCCCAUCACACUGUCAUUAAAGGGGAGAACUCAGUGAUAAAAGCCGGAGUGAGGCCGGAGUCAAGGGCAGCCGAGGACUACGUGUCGCCUCCCAAGUACAAGAGCAGCUUGUUGAACCGUUACCUUAACGACUCUUUGAGACAUGUCAUGGCCACAAGCACUGCCAUGAUGGGAAAAACAAGGCAAAGGAACCAUUCUGGAUCUUUUAGCUCCAAUGAAUUUGAGGAAGAGUUGGUGUCUCCAUCGUCAUCAGAAACUGAAGGCAACUUUGUCUAUCGCACAGACACUCUGGACAACGGCUCGAAUAAAGGUGGCAGUGCAGCUAACAGACGGGGCCCGAGCAAGGAUGACACGUACUGGAAAGAGAUCAACGCAGCUAUGGCCCUAACAAACCUCGCCCAGGGAAAAGACGAAGUACAAGGGACCACCAGCUGCAUCAUCCAGAAGUCUUCCCACAUAGCAGAAGUAAAGACAGUCAAGCUGCCUCUGGCUCAGCGCUUCUAGUGUGGCCAGGGGUGCUGCUGAGCAUGUCAGUGUUUUUUGUUUUUUUACCCAAAAUCCUCAUCUUAAGAGCCAAAGCAGGUGUGAAGAGGACUCCCAGCCAAACCGCCUAAGUUCAGCUAUCCUAAACAUACCAGUUGCUUCUAUAAAAAGACACAUAAAUUAUAAAAAGUCAUUUUAAUCAAAAAUAUUAACUUAUUUUAUGUUACUGAAACUAUGCAUCUGCGUCGCCAUUACAGUAAGUGCCUUGCUUCCCUGAGAUAAGCUCCAACGUGGGCGCAGUGAAGAGCUGUGCCUCAAACAGCCAACGUCGACACUUGCUGGACCAUAUGGUUCCAAACCGGUGCAGGACCGAAGCCAGAAUCGCUGAAAGCCUUUGAAAUGAAUCCAAUCACUCACGCACUGAAACUUGGAAAUCUGUUCAACCCUGGUGUGCUUUUUUCUUUUUCUUUUUUUUUUUCUUCUCCCAUGAAUGCCUAUAGGGCUAGAAAUUGUUCUUUGUGCUUUCCAGGGUGACAGUGAGAAUUUUAUGUGUGGGUUUUGUUAGUAUAUCUGAUACGUGAGCAGCUUCCAAAAUGAAAGAUGCAGCCGGCUCACUUGAUGUGAACGGCUCACGUGAUGUAUACGUUUAAGAAGAGACACUUUCAAACUAGUAAUUACAGCAUGCUGUAAUCAGAAAUUAUUUUCCCGAUCACUAUGGAAAGCAUCCCAAUGCCCUUUAAAACUAAUUUGGAUUUUACUUUUUCGAAGUUUUGCAAAGAGCCUUAUUAUAUAAAUCGCUGAAUUUUGUUCCUGUGCAAAAUUAAACCUGUAGUUUAGUUUUAAGACAUGAUCUUGCUUGCAUUGGUCAGUGUUCCUUUGUGGUGGAAACUGGCUUUCAAAUGGAGUAACUAAGCUUUUUAUUUGGUUUAUUUCAAGUCACGAUUCUAAUGGACAAUUUGUAUUGCAACAAGAACAAGAAAAUGAAGGGAAAAUAUCUGUAUGUGGAUAUACAUAUAUGCAGAAAAUUGAUUUUUAAAAUUUAAAACAUAUGGGAAACAAAACAGGAACAGUCUCUGGUUUGUGCCAAGUAGGACAUUCAAGUAAAAUGUAAAUGAAGUCUUGCAUUGAAAGAAAGAACAUUUUGUUUCUAACUGACACUACCACUGAGUGGAAAGAAUCACUAUCAAAGGAAAAGAGCGUCCUUGCCAUUAAACAUCCUAGCCAACUUGGGAACACUCAAAACCUACAGAAAUGUGGAGACCCCGAGCAGAGCAAAGCAAAUGUCCAAGAGCAAAGUGAAAAGACGCCUAGUUUGGAGUGGGAUUUUUUUUCUGGGUAUGUAAUCUAGUUCUUAGAUUUUUUUUUUUUUUUUGACUGGAAAGCACUUUUGCCAAAUGUGAAUGACAUUCAGUAACAUGGCAUGUGCUGAAUUUUUUCUUUAUUUUACAAAAAGCUUUUACAAGUCAAAGGUUGCUCUUUGCUGCUGAGUGGACAUGACUGCCUGGAUGGCCAUUGUAAGACACUUUUUCAUGUAUCAUAGCCUUGUGGGGUGGGGUAUCUAGUGUAAUGAAGAUCAUUUGAUAUGAAAAUAUUUUGUAUGUAUUUUUACUGUUUUCUUAAGCGCAGUCUGCAGUAGCAGGAAGCCCAAAGUGAGGUGUUUACGUGAUGACUGUAUGAGUGAAUGAAGUAUUGGCUUCUGCUACUGCAUCCUCAGUUCUCUCAGACCCAGGGUGCAAAGCGGCAGCCAGCACAACGCCUCUGCCCAGACAUGAGUGUGGCAGUGAAAGACAAGGUCAAAUACUUCACUCUUCUUCAUACUAUUAUAAGUUAUUCUGGUAUUAAAUAUUUUAAUAAAAGUGUUUUUGUUUUA